AUGAGCGAGGACAUACGUCAGAACAUUGCUUUAGGUAAACAGACUAACCAGUCAUCUGACAAGGCUUUAUAUUUGUCUUACUUAGCAGUGGACGGUACUAUUAACCAACAUCUGCUGUUUGGUGUUAAAUGUACACAUACAAAAAAUGAACCAAACAGCUGGUGGUCUGUCGAUCUUGGUGCAAUAUAUCUCAUAUCUCGUGUAAUUAUUUGGGGAAGGAACGAUUGUUGCAUUGACAGACUUUCAUCAUUUAGCAUUGAUGCAAUUAUGCCAGUAAAGCCUCGUAAAUGUGGACCCUAUCAAUUUGGUAACUGGACAGACUUCUACAAGGGAGAGAUUUCUGAAUGCUUUUACCAAAACGAGAAAGUCGACUUUCUUAAUGCGACCUGUCAGCAAAAUACAGUGGGACAGUUUGUUCGUAUUCAGUUAGAGAAGGCAGAGGCUCUUUCAUUGUGCGAGGUUGAGAUUUUCGGCAGACAGUUACCUUCAGAAUAUAUAGGUGGUAGAGAGUCUUACAAGUGUGGAGCAUCUGGACACAGAAUUGUAGAGGACUUUGUGGAGACAGCAAGAAGUAUCAUUGCAUGUGUUUACAUGUGUUCAGUACGCCCCGAAUGUUACGCUUCAAGCUACAACAAAGCAACACAAGAAUGUCAGCAGCAUGUAGCUGAAAGAGAAAGCAACCCUUUGACGAAUAUGAUACAGGACCCGGACUGGGAUGUUUUUGGAUCUUUGUAA